AUGAAAACACAACACCUCGCCAGCAUGUCCGAGAAGGAGUUCUCGAUCAAGAGGUCCGGCACCGACAGUUCCACCCAAAGCGAGGCCAAGACGCUCAGUUCGGUGAGAAGCCUAUCGUGGGGAAGAAGGUCAACUUCAGACAGGAAGCCGGAGCAAUCACGCCCGCAGCGGCAGACCUUCACCGAUUGCGGUCGUCACAGCAAUAGAUGGCUCUUCAACAACGUCAGCAUCUCCCAGGCUAUCAAGACACUAUUUGAGAAGUGA